GGCGAGUGGAGUUGUGUGUAUUUGCGCCAUUAAAAAAGGCGGGAAAUCUUGACGUUUCUGUACAUUUAUUUUUUUUUGUUUCGUGUUUUGGCAAUGGAUUUUUUUUGGCAGUAAUUGACCAUGGGGUCGAACACUUCUGCUGUGAGCGAGAUCCCAGGAGGGGAUUUACGUCUGCCGGCGUCAGGGCUACGAUUCACUGCCCAACAAUUGAGGUCUUUGAAUUCAUAUAUCGAUACCCUCUAUGAUGAGGAUCAGAAAGGUCGGAUGUCAGUAGAAACUGAGAUGAUGGUGGAAGCUCUGGUGCAGAGGAUAGUGGAUGGUGCAGGACAGCGCGAUCCGCGGUUUAGAUGUAGUCAUCUAAUAGCAUUGCAUCGUGGGAAACGGAUGCGUUCAAGAUGUCUAGAAUAUCUAGUGACAAUAGACUCCCUGCCGGUGCUGAACGCUGAUGAUGAAGGUCGUCUCCAAGAGGGUCCCGUGGGGUACGGCAAGGUGAGGCUGUCUGGCAAGGAGGCGGAGAAGUGGUCUGAGUUCCUCACACCAGCUGGAUAUUUGUGUCGGGAUAAGGUAGUAGAACGCUGGGUGCAGUUGGUAGCGCGAUGUGCGCGAGCGCGCGGCGGCGGCGCGCUGCGUGUGCUGAGCGCGCGCGCGCACGCGCACGCCGCGCCGUACUCCUAUUGUUAUGUGGAGAGGGCAUCCCACCAAAAUGUCUCAGAACAUCGUUUGGCAAUAGUGGAGGGGUCAGCGUGGGUGGUGGUGCGAGUGGGUGUGGGGGGUGACAGCGCUAAGCUGCUAUUGGGGGCGAGGGUCCGCGGUUGCAGCCCAGACGCUUACACCACUAAAGUGCCGCUGACGCACCCGUUGGCGUUACUGCACUAUAGCUGUGGACAAGGCGGCUACUACGCAGUGGCAGUAGCUCCACCAACCAGCAUGGUGUGUGCUGAACGCUCCUCAACCUGGCAGCUCUGGCACCCCGCCCUGGAGGCGGCGCUGGACGCUCAUUGCCCUGAUCUCUCCAACGUGGCCAGAGUUGCGGGGGCUUUAAAUGUGCUUGUGGAUAAGAUGAGGGAGGGGCACUUUGAGGGUUGUCUGCAACUGCUGAGCCGCUACGCCGCUAGCUGCGUGCUGCGGCGCCGCGCGUACCGCUGCGCCUCACAGCGCGGCGCCGCGAGGGCCUGCCUCGCCUCGCACUUGUCGCAUCACUUGCUUCUUGUGCUUGAUGAGCUCCUCCAAAUCACGGAGAGUGGCGGCAGGUGUGGGUUCAUUUACCCGGUGGAGCGCGGGUGCGCGGCGCGGCGCGGCGCCCGCGGCAACUGGGCUAAUGACGUCAUCGCACUUACUGGCUGUCUGCGACAUUUGCAUAGGAUCGCUGGAAAUGAAGAAAUACCUCUGUCACCGUCUGAAACAUUAGAAUUAGCAUUAUUCACUCGCUGGGAGAGACUGACACAUGAAAUAAAAUGUACUGGACCCAGUAGCUAUUCGAAACGACAAUUGCGAUACCUAAACAGAGUCGCGUCGGAGCUGGUGCGAUGCAAGAGGUCUAUUGUUUAUGAGAGUCACAGUACAUUCCGAGCUAACCUGAUUCAAGCCACAUCCGUGCAUUUGGAAUCUAUUGAAGAUUUGAUACAUAUCAUGGCCAUAAUUUUGGACCAAGCACGAGAUUCAUAUAUGAAUAAUAUAAACAAUAGGAACAUAGGUGAAUUUGAUAGAGAACUAACAAUAUACAGGUCUAAAAAGUGGAACAAGUUAAAGGACUACUACGAUGCGUCAUCAGCGUGUCUGAUAGACGCAGUGAGGAGGGAGAGGGACCUUCGGGUUGAGGAUGAGGAGACGAGUCUCAUGAGCCUGGUGUUAUACUGGCUUUAUAAAGGUGCGAAAGACGACAAGAAAUACUUAGGACCUGUCCUAAAACCAUACUUGGACGAUCUGUUUACUUCGUCCCUAGAGAAUUCUUGGUUCCUAGAAGACUUUGACGCUAGGAACUGUGAUUCAGAGUUGGAUGGUUUGAAGGAAUACUGCUUGGGGGUUCACGAAGGGCUCGUAGAGCCCUGUAUGGGGUUGCUGGGGGCUGCUAAGAAACACGCUUGGGCGAAAGCGGUGGUGGACUUUGUUGAUCGCCAUCGACAUACGGAAUUCCGUCUCAUUUUUCCCACUGGCGACGGCCUGGCAGUCUCCUACCCUCUGAAGAUUCCAUCGCGACGGGAGCACAGCUCCGCCCGCCUCCUCACACUGAGCAGACGAGAUAAAGCUGACGCCAAGUUGAGAUUGGCGAAACGCUGUGUGGUUAACGCGUUCCAUGAAGCUCUUGUUGGUAAACGAUUUCAACCCAAAAACAUAUCCCGUCAUGGCAGCACAGAUGAAAUAUUAACCAGCGUGAAAAAUGGUAAUUUCUGGCGAACCUCAAAACCGGACAUCAUUCCUUCAGCAUCAAACAGCUUAGAGGAGCCAAAAUCUAGACGUAAAAACCGGCCAGUCACAAUAUACGGUUUUCCAGAAAUUUCGAUCACAAACCAGACGGAUGUGAAGACGUUAAGAAGGAAGUAUCAUACGUUGAGAAGUCUGGUCUACUCAGAUCAAGUGGAUGUCAAGGAGAUGAGACGAUGGCCGAGGUCUGCUGGGUCUACCAUGAGGAAUAAGGAGCCAUUGACUCGACCUAGCCUGUUGGAGACUAUGGAUUUUAUUAAUACUGUGAAGGAUGCGCUAUGUGUAGAAGAAUCUGGAGCGUCAGACAUGGAAGACAAUAGCUGGUGUGUCGAAGAUGAGUGGGUGCUGAGUCAUGUGGCGCCUCUUAAUGUGAUUGCUGAUAGAGAGCCUCACUCGCUGCAUCUGCUUCUAGCGGAUGUUGUUUUGUCCGCAAUACGACGAGGCUGUUUUACGAUGCUACAAGAGCUGUGCGUACACUUACGCGAAAGCGAGGGUGCGCUGUUCGCGCUGCACCGUCUCGCGCGGGCCGCGCGCGCCCGCAGCACGGAGCGGGCGGACAGUACAUGGAAGCUACCGGACACAAUCACAUCACAUGCGGUUCAGCAGUACCGGGCGCGUCCUCCGGACUAUACGUCCUCUGACGAACAUGCGCCACCUGUUCCUCGAAGAUCUACUUCUAAUGAGAUAAUCAAACGGUAUCCCAAUGUAAUUGGUAAUGAUUCUUUCGGUAUAAUCAAUCCCAUAUACGAUAUCAAACCAAAAGAUAAAAUGGUCAAACGAACCAAGUCUCUAACUAGAAGUAUUAGUAUAAAAAGUGUUGAUAUUAACCUAACUUUGGGAAGGAAGAAAACAAAUGACGUAGCUACUGUGAUAGAAGGUGAUGAUGAUGAAGGUUUUGAUAUGCAAAGGCAUUUCCGACAAAGAUACAAUGCUGGUAUCGUGGGAGACACGUAUAGAGUUAAUAGAAUUAAUACUGAAUAACAAGCAUUAAGACAUACAGAGGGAAUAUGUGUCUCUGGA